GUGAAACAACUGUAGCAUCACAAAAAUUGCCAAGAAAAUAAUCUAAUGAAAAACGAAAACAACCAAGAAGAUCCACAGAAGAAAAAUUUCACCAACCCAAGUGCAAGAAUGCCCAACAUCAAAGUGUUCACUGGGAGCUCUCACCCUGAUGUCGCAAAAAAAAUUGUUGCAAGACUGGGAAUCGAUCUAGGGAGGGCUACAACUAAGACUUUUAGCAAUAAAGAAACUAACGUGGUAAUUGGUGAGUCUGUUCGAGGUGAAGAUGUUUACAUCGUCCAAAGCGGAUGCGGAGACAUCAACGACAACUUAAUGGAAUUGUUUAUUAUGAUUAACGCUUGUAAGAUUGCCUCGGCAUCUCGAGUUACUGCUGUUAUACCCUGCUUCCCUUACUCCAGGCAAGAUAAGAAAGAGAAAAGCCGAGCGCCUAUCACAGCAAAAUUACUAGCUAAUCUCAUAUCAGUGGCUGGUGCCGACCAUGUCAUAACGAUAGACCUGCACGCGUCCCAAAUUCAAGGAUUCUUCAAUAUACCCGUAGACAACCUCUACGCCGAACCAGCUAUCACGAAGUGGAUUAAAGAGAAUAUUCCUGAAUGGAAGAGCGGUGUUAUGGUAUCACCUGAUGCAGGGGGCGCUAAAAGAAUGACUGCGAUUGCUGAUCGGCUUGAUAUUGAUUUUGCCAUCAUCCACAAGGAAAGACAAAGAGCUAACCAAGGUGACUCAACUGUACUCGUCGGUGAUGUGAAAAAUAGAAUAGCUAUAAUGGUUGACGAUCUGGCUGACACUUGUGACACUAUAGUCAAAGGUGCAGAGAAAUUACACGAAUCCGGUGCUAGUAAAGUAUACGCGAUCCUCACACAUGGAGUUUUUGCUGGUAAUGCUAUUGAUAAGAUUAAUAACUCAUGUCUGGAAGCUAUAGUGGUUACAAAUACGAUACCCCAGGAGAAGCACGUGAAAAUGUGUCCGAAGUUACAGACUAUUGAUAUUUCCGUAAUGCUGGCAGAAGCUAUAAGGCGUACACAUUACGCUGAAUCAGUAUCAUAUUUAUUUACUAAUGUGCCUUACUAAAAACCUAAUCGCAUUCACUUUGAAAUCUGGCAGUUAUAACAUGAACCCUUGAAUUAUAUACAUGCUACUUAGUUUUAUUCCUUAAUCAAUAAAUAUAGUAAUCUUA